UCCCGGCUUGGCUCCCAGGCUGCCCUCUGAGCCGCGCUCUCCAUACAGAGCCCACUUUACAGUUAGCCUGAGCCUAGGAGGUGAACCUUCAGUGCAGAAAAGAGCUCAAGAUAGAAGCCGGGUUACCCGUCUGCUCACUGUCAGCCCUGCACAGCCUGUGAGAAGCAUUCACCCUCUCUCAGGCCUGAAGCACUUCUGAGAGAGAAACACAAAUGUUUCCCCAAAUGAAGAGCAUUCAUCUGUUUGUCUUGGGACUCUACUUGCUGUCCUCCAGCAGGGCAGAGGAAGGUCUGAACUUCCCCACAUAUGACGGCAAGGACCGAGUGAUCGGUCUGACUGAGAAGAACUUCAAGCAUAUUUUGAAGAAAUAUGACUUGCUCUGCCUCUACUACCAUGAGCCCUUGUCUUCUGACAAAGUUGCGCAGAAACAGUUCCAGAUGAAGGAAAUUGUGCUGGAGCUUGUGGCCCAGGUCCUGGAGCAUAAAGACAUAGGCUUUGCGAUGGUGGAUGCCAAGAAGGAGGCCAAGCUUGCCAAAAAAUUGGGUUUUGAUGAAGAAGGAAGCCUGUAUGUUCUUAAGGGUGAUCGCACAAUUGAGUUUGAUGGUGAAUUUGCAGCUGAUGUCCUGGUGGAGUUUCUCUUGGACCUAAUUGAAGAUCCCGUGGAGGUCAUCAACAACAAACUGGAAGUUCAAGCCUUUGAACGCAUUGAGGACCAGAUCAAACUCAUCGGCUUUUUCAAGAGUGAGGACUCUGAAUAUUACAAGGCUUUUGAAGAAGCAGCUGAACACUUCCAGCCUUACAUCAAAUUUUUUGCUACCUUUGACAAAGGGGUUGCAAAGAAAUUGUCGUUGAAAAUGAAUGAGGUGGAUUUCUAUGAGCCAUUUAUGGAUGAGCCCAUUGCAGUACCUGACAAGCCUCACACAGAAGAGGAACUAGUGGAGUUUGUGAAGGAGCACCAAAGACCCACCCUACGCCGUCUGCGCCCAGAAGACAUGUUUGAAACAUGGGAAGACGAUUUGAACGGGAUCCACAUAGUGGCCUUUGCUGAAAGGAGUGAUCCAGAUGGCUACGAGUUCCUGGAGAUCCUGAAACAGGUGGCCCGUGAUAACACUGACAACCCUGACCUGAGCAUCGUGUGGAUCGACCCAGACGACUUCCCUCUGCUUAUUGCCUACUGGGAACAGACUUUUAAGAUCGACCUCUUCAAGCCGCAGAUUGGGGUGGUUAAUGUGACAGACGCGGACAGUGUCUGGAUGGAGAUUUCAGACGAUGAUGACCUGCCCACUGCUGAGGAGCUGGAAGACUGGAUUGAGGAUGUGCUUUCAGGAAAAAUAAAUACAGAAGAUGAUGACAAUGAUGAUGAAGAGGAUGAAGAGGAUGAUAAUGAUGAGGAAGGUGAUGAUGAUGGUGACGAUGAUGGUGAUUCUGAUGAAGACAACAAUGAUGACAGUGAUGACGAUGAGGAGGAGGAGGAUGAAUAGUCCCAAUUCAAAAUGAUUUUUAUGAAGGAAAAAAAGGUCACAACCACCUACUAUCCUAUAGAAAGUGCAAGGGGACAGUAAGAAGUUCUGAGCCCCCAAUUCAGAUAACCCCUUUCCUUUUUCCAAUGUCUUUCCUUUCCCUUCUCAUCAGGAGCUGUAUCAUUCAGCAUAUGCCUUCUUUAAUCCAGAAAUCUCACCCAGCAAGCACAAGUGGGGAGUUAUUCUAUAUUGACUGUCCUGACAUCAGAGAAAAGCGCUUGGCUUUUGCCAGACCAUUGGUGAUCAUAGCAGUGCCAGAACGUGGCCAUCUAGGGAAAACAAUCCUAUAAUUAACACUUCUACAUAGUCUGUUCCUUAUAUUUAACUAUGACAGUAACAGAACUGAGAGGCACAACUUUCAGGCUUAAACUGCCUUAGUCAGAACCCAGAGAACAUACACAAUUAAUCCAUUCAGUCUCGUGCCUAGAGCAUCAUUUAGUAAGUCCCUGAAGUCAAAAGGAUUUCUCUUUGGGAAAGUUCAGCUUAAAAACAAGUUUAUAAACCCACCUCUUUGGUAUUUAUUGGAUUUUUCUAUUUCAAGUGUCAGUUAGAACAUUAAGAACUCAUAUUUAAACUUUUAGAUAGUUAUUGCAAGCACUUGAAACACGUGCAUGUUUUUGAUAGCAUUGCCAUUCUUUGUGUAUUAGGAUACCUACUGUGAUACUGAUUUCUUCUCUAAGCUUUCUUCUAGAUGACAAACAAGGCUCACAAACACACAGAAGUAGGAGAAAGUAUAGCAAAUAAUAGGCAAAUCAUGGAAAGAAAGGAUCAACAAGGACCCACUAGAAACAUAAUUUAAAAGAGUUUCUGACUUUUUCUUAUGAGUUUGUGUCUUUGGACCAGUUGGCUUCUUAGCCUGAUCUGGAACCUAGAUACCUCUUCCUUGCAUCUGCUAAUGAGCCCAUCUCUCAUUUGGAGUAAAGCUUAGUUUAGCCAGAGAUUAAUUAAAUUUCCACUUAUCAGCAAUUUCACAAUUGACCAGGACAACAAUAGAAUUCAUAAUGACUUGAGGUGCUGGAAAAAAAUCCCAACUGUCUUUCCAACUUUCUAGUAGAUGAAAGUUUUAGCAUUAAGUGUGAAUUAUGGAGUUCUAAUUUAUUUUCUCAACCUUUAAACACAUGUAUAAAACAUUGCAAGUUCUUUGAGUAUUGAAUAACCCUGCUGUGGAAUAUUAACUACUUCCGAUUAAACUCAUAUUUUGAAAUAUC